UUCUUUCUUAAAUUUUUAUUAUUCCCUUUUCUUUUUUUGAUUUCUUCUUAAUUUUUAGUUUAUACACUUGGUUUUAUUUUAGCGUCACAAACUAUAUUGUCUGAAUAAACAACGAAUUCUCCAAGAAAGAAAAGAAAGAGCGAAAAUAAUCGUAGCAGAAGCUUCUAAUUUAAAUUGUUCUGUAUUAUUUUCAGAUACUACUUGUCCAUUUUGUUUGAUCAAAUUUGCAUCGAUGCAGUCGCUGAAAAGGCACAUUGGCAGAAAACAUGCUGAUAAUGAAGCAAAUAAUAUUAGAAAAUAUGAAACACCAGAUUUACCUUUUUCCUGCCAUAUUUGCGCCAAAAGAUUUGCAUCAGCAGCUUCAUUAACUUAUCAUAAGAAACGUCACGAUGGUGAUCGACCUUUUGCAUGUGAGAUCUGUGGAAAGACAUAUCCGAUACCUAGUGAAUUACGCAAGCAUGUGAGAAGGGUUCAUGAGAACAUAUGCUUCAUUGGACAUUCAUCUAGAAUUUUGAACGAAAACCUUCCCAUUUGCAAAACAUAA